GCGGAGCCUGUGGUGAGGCGUCGCCGUUGUCUGGUCUCGCACUUUUUCAAGAUGGCGGCACCGCAAACGAGGCAGGGCCGCGGAGUGAGUUUUAUAUAAUGCAGAUAGAAAAGGUGCACCGUGUUCAACAAGACGCCCGUUGUGUUGUAUGUAUUGCUGCCAGAGGACUCCACAGGAGGACGUCGCCUAGGUUUUCACAUUAGACUGAAUGCAUUGUGAUUUCCAAUAAUUGAGACAGUGAUUCUGAAAGCUGUCUACAUUAAUGAAAAGAACAAUGUAGUCAGCUUAGCCUGUCCAUCUCCGAUACAAGCCCUAUUCUGGAAUGUGCUUCUGCAUGCAUUCUGGUUGUGUCGUCAGGGUAUAGUGUGAGCUAAUUUAUACGAUUUUGAAAAGGUGCGAAUUCCACAUAAGAAAGAAAAUGGAGAUAGAUGACGUUCUACCCCCUCUCCCUUUGGAGCCCCCCAAUGAUUUUGGCCAAACUGAGGGCCAAGCACCUCCACCACCUCCCCUGCAAACGUCCAGUGACGCAGAGGUAAUGGACGUUAGCUCUGGUGGUGAUGGGGAAGGGGACAUCGAACCACCGCAGCCCCUCGACAUUGGCACAGUUGCUUUCUGUAGCCAGCCCUCGAACGAGGUCACUCACGACCCGCCGUGCCCCAAAACGGGCCGCCACGCGCCCCCCGUCAACAAGUUUCUUCCAAACCUCAAGCUGCUUCGAGACGUUAAGAUUCGCGUCAGCUUCACCGAAAGCAGCAGCAGUAGCAAAGACAGGAAGGUUUUAUAUACAGGCCAAGGGCAAGAGCGACGUGCCGAUGACGCUUUAGGAAACCUCAACGGUGAGUUGGAUUUCUCAAGUGAUCAGGAGGUCGCUGAGGGUAGCUCGGCAAUGGCAUUCGGAGCGAGUAGGGUUGAGGAGGCGCAGGUAGACCUUGAGGACAAAGUAGAGUACGCUGUCCUAGAUGAGUUGGAUGACAUCUAUGAGAAUUUUGUCAAUAAUGAAGAUGGAGAGAAUGGCGGUUUUAAAUCUGAGGUCAUAAUUCAGCAAGAGCAAGCAGAUGAUGAGACCAUGGCUUUCUCGUAUGAGGAGGAGUUUGACAAUGAUGUCGACGCCUUGUUGGAGGAGGGAAUGCCAGUCCCAAAAAAGAUGCGUCUGGCAGAAGACAAGGAUGUUGGUGACAGUGAUCACCAGUCAGAUGAAGAAGGUGGUGUUCAGCCCAUGAUGACCAAAAUUAAAACUGUCCUUAAAAGUCGGGGACGUCCACCCACCGAGCCUCUUCCUGAUGGCUGGAUCAUGACAUUCCACAACUCAGGCAUUCCGGUGUACCUGCACAGAGAGACCAGAGUAGUAACUUGGUCCAGGCCCUACUUCCUUGGGACUGGCAGCAUAAGGAAACAUCACCCUCCAACCAGCAGCAUCCCCUGCUUACACUAUAAGAACAUGAAGGAUCGAGAGGAGAAAGAACUGAAUGGUGAGGUGGCUCUUCCAGCUAAAGAAUCUCUUAAUAAGUCAAGCGCGGAGGCAAAUGGUGAAGAACUUGCAGGGGAGCCCGACAACACCGCUGGGGCGCAGGUUGAUACACCUGCGUCCUGUCUUGCUGAUGCUGAUGCUGGCUUAGAUUGUGAUGUGACCGUCAACCACACCCAGCCUGCUAAAGAGGCUCAGCCAUGGGACAUUGCCCAAGGAGCCUUAGGACAAGUCAGGGCAAAAGUUGAAGUGUGCAAGGAUGAGUCCAUAGAACUUGAAGACUUUCGCCUGUACCUGGAAAAGUGCUUUGACUUUGAGCAAGUGACCGUGAAGAAGUUCCGCACAUGGGCUGAGCGACGACAGUUUAACAGAGACAUGAAGAGGAAACAGGCUGAGUCGGAGAGGCCUAUCCUGCCUGCAAACCAGAAACUCAUCACACUGUCAGUCCAAGAUGCCCCCACUAAGAAAGAAUUUGUCAUCAAUCCCAAUGGGAAGUCUGAAGUUUGCAUCCUGCAUGAAUAUAUGCAGCGUGUCCUAAAAGUUCGUCCUGUUUACAACUUCUUUGAAUGUGAGAACCCAAGUGAACCCUUUGGUGCGUCAGUCAUUAUAGACGGAGUCACUUACGGCACAGGCACUGCAAGUAGUAAAAAACUUGCCAAGAAUAAAGCUGCAAGAGCCACACUGGAAAUUCUUAUCCCGGAUUUUGUGAAGCAGACUUCUGAGGAAAAGCCUGCAGAGGCAGAUGAACUAGAGUAUUUUAACCAUAUCAGUAUAGAAGACUCGAGAGUGUACGAGCUGACCAACAAGGCGGGGCUCCUUUCGCCAUAUCAGAUUCUUCAUGAGUGCCUUAAAAGAAAUCAUGGAAUGGGAGAUACCAGCAUUAAAUUUGAGGUGAUUCCGGGGAAGAAUCAGAAGAGUGAAUAUGUGAUGACUUGUGGGAAGCAUACUGUGCGUGGUUGGUGCAAGAACAAGAGGGUUGGCAAACAGUUGGCCUCACAGAAGAUUUUGCAGAUGCUUCAUCCUCAUGUGAAGAACUGGGGCUCACUGCUGCGAAUGUAUGGCCGCGAAAGCAACAAGAUGGUCAAGAAGGAGAGCUCUGACAAAAGUGUGAUUGAGCUGCAGCAGUUUGCCAAAAAGAACAAGCCAAACCUUCACAUUUUGAACAAACUGCAAGAAGAGAUGAGGAAACUGGCUGCACACCGGGAGGAGACCAGGAAGAAACCCAAGAUGACCAUCAUGGAGUCUGCCCAGCCAGGGAGUGAACCUCUCUGCACUGUUGAUGUUUAGCUCCACCAGGAAGGUUGCAAGAACACACACACACACACAUUCUGCACUGUGGCGUAAUCGCUGCCUAGGAACAUAUCGUUAUUGCUUUUAGAACCGCUUGCUUCUUUUUCCCCCGUGUUGUUGGAUUGACUGGUAGACAUCAGGGUAGGACACAAUGCACAAACAGAACACAGAGCAAAUACCAUCUACCUCUCUAGAUGCAUCUCGCUAAGAAAAAAAAUCCCCCAUGGUGCACUGCAGACAAGGUAGCAUGGCUUACAAAACUACAAUGCAUGCACAUUUGACUGCAAAACACUACCUACCAUGCAUUUGUUUUAAUGUCCGCAUUUCAGUACCCGCACCUGUGUUUGUUAGUGCGGUAAGGGACUUGUUUUUGUGCCAUUUCAAUCUAAGAGGAACAUUUCUUGUGUAUUUUAUUGGUUCAUUUCUGUGGGUACAAAUAUGCUUUUUUGUCCUCCGAAUGGUCCGAGUGUCAUCUUGAUUUGCACGCUUUGAAACAUGCAUUAAGUGAUGACUAUUCAUCAUUUCUUACACACUUGUGUCCUGUUCUUAAAUCACUGCUUUGGGCUGAUCUUUUCAAUUCAAGCAGAUGUGUCAUCUUGGCUCGUGUUACAACACAUCCACUUUAAAUUAGCGUACUAAUGCCAAUGCCCAUUACCAUUUUGUUGGCUUGGCAUUUUUCGGUGCACUUGCCCUAAAUUGAUCUCAUCUACAUGUUGCCUUAGUUGAUCCACUCAUAAAAGGACUGGGCUGUAUCGAUUGGACCUAAAACUUGAAACAGAAAGUAAAAGACCAAGUCCCCUCUACAAAAUAAAGCAUUUAUCGUCUAGCACAUCUAGUUUUGUACGUCCACAGCAUGUGCAAAGGCGUGUCUUAAUGUUGCGUAUUGUUUUUGUGUGUAAGCUUUCUUGUGAGAGCGAACCGUGCGUCUGAUCUUAACUACAAUAUUUUGUGCAGAAUGCAACGUUGCAAAAUUUAGCUGGCUGACAUGGACAUCAUGCCGUCAAGUCAUGAAAUCCAGCACAAGCUUAUGAAACAGUAUACCAAAGCCCCAAUUCAGUCAAAUGCAUUUUAUAACUACCUAAUGUUGCUGCAAACUACCGACAAAACCGUAAAAAAGGAAAAAUACUUGCUCAAAUAUAACUGCUGUGUAUUAGGUAUUUGGCUCGUGACGUCAUUCACACACGCUGUUGUGAUUUUAUUUUGAAAAAUGUGUCCGUGUGAGAAUUGUUAUGCUUUUGACUUGUACCAGUGAUUUGAGAGAUUGUUGCCAAGAAUAUGAAGUAUGUUUUGCAUCAUGAGCUCGAUGACUGGUGAUAUUUAUGCAAAAUAAAAAUGUCUUGACUAGAAUGUCAGUAUUUGAAAAAUGAAUGUGUUUUCCUGUCAUC